CGUUGAAGUGAUGAUGAUGAACUUGUAACUGCAACGGUUAUGGCUAAGCCUAAACGAGACGUACCCAACCCUACAAGCAAUGCCCUUCCUUGGCUACCUUUUCACACCAUCCCCUCCUGUUUUGUACCUAAAAGUAAAUACCUACAUUAAUUAAAACUUCUUGUUAGCUAGGGUUUCCCUCCUCAACUUUCUAAAAAAAUUUUCAAAUCUUUGAAAAAAUUCAAUAGACCUUAGAUUGAUUUUUAUGUGUUGCUUUCUAAUUUUCCUUGAUAAUGUUUUUUUUUUUGUCAUCUAGAAAAUGUUUAAUAGAAUUACAAUUUUUCUCCUCCUUUGUUAAUUAAUAUGAAUAAUUUUUUUCUUAGUUAUAGUCAAUUAAUGAUAAAUUUUGUUGUGAGAUUCGGGAAAUAACUGACUUUUCACAAGUAAAUAUUGCUUUUAGGUUUGACAUGGAGGUCUCCUCCCCCAGACACGUCUGCUACUGCCGGUCUUACUCCAUCGUCACAAAAUCAAAGGCUGAGAAAUUUGUUUCCUUCACCAAGUAGCUAAUCUAGAACCAUGGAGAUGAUUGAUAAUACGUGCUGGUGUAAACAUAAAUAUACUCAUUCGUGUCCAAGUAACUAAACCUAUCUAGCAAAUUAAAAAAUUGUGUGGUUUAUGUCAACAACUUAAGUGGUGCACUUAUAAUCUUUCUUUUAAGUAGAUUAAGAGAUUUUGAGUUGGCAUAUUAGUAAAAAUAGAUUAAAGAUAACAAAGUAUUGGCUAUAUUUAUAACUCAAAAAUUGAAAAAAGAUUGUAUGGUUCAUCUCUCUUUCUCUCUCUCGUGGAUAUGCCAACUAAUAUUCUAGUGGUGAACAAAAAGACCUUGCUUAACUCCAACAUACUUCACCGUGGACGCAUGUGUAAACGUGGUGAUGACGAAAUGGAUGACGGAAUGGUUGAGUAAGAGUGCAAUUAGGAGUGGGGUUGUGUGGGAAAAUGGGUAGAAAUUAAAACUAAAAACAAUUUGUAAUUAAAAUAUGUUUUUUGAGAUGCCUAGAUGUAGCCAUGUCUUUGGGUCAUCCAUCUAUCCACACUUUUGUUUCCUUACACACACCAGAACACCCAUUUUAGUUCCCAUGUCCCUUUCCCAAACCAAUGGUGGUCCCUGGAAUCUCCCUCUGCUUUCUCCUCAUUUUUAUUUUUUAAAAAAUGAAAUUCGUAUUU